GCUCCUCUGUCUACUGACGCAGGCGGUGACAGCAACAUGGAGCCAGAGAGACGCUACUGCGCAUGUCCGCGUCUGCACGGCCGGAGAGAGAGAGACAGACUGUAGCUAGAGAGAGAGAGAGAGAGAGAGAGAGAGAGCUAUACUAGGGGAAAAACUGGCAAAGACAAAGGACUGAACAGCCUUAAGGGAACCAGGAGAGAGCAGAUUGAGUCUUUCACACCGGUUUAUCAGAGUCCAGCUGUGCCAGCAGCGGUGGGAAGCCUCCAGGCGCUGCUCAGCAUCAAACUCCUUGUUCCAGUGGAAGUGACGCCUCAUGGUCAGCAGCCUGGUGAUGGAAAGAACUGCAAGGCUAUAGGCUUUGGUGACUGGAUGGAAAGAGCUGUCAACGCACACACACAGAGGAUGGAGGAAGUGGAAACACACAGAGAGCAGCGGCAGUUUGAUUGACGACACCGGCCAAGGAGUAAUCUUUCAUUUUGGAGUAUCUUUGUUUGCUGGCAAUCCCAUCUUGGGUUCGCCCUCCUCCUCCCUCCCUCCCUGUUGACCUUUCUUCACAUCUAUCCUUUAGAGAGAGCAGGUGUUAAAACAGCCACAGGUCUCAUUUACCUCCCCACCUCCCCCUCCUCGGACCAUACACGGAGACACACACACACAAGCUCCUCUCUUCCAAAGCGGCUGAGAGGUUGCCAUGGCAACGGUUGUCAUGAUGCUGAUGUAGCAUCCUGAAGGCAGUAGCUGUGGAGGUAGUGGAGGAGCUGGAGGAGGUGGUGGCGGCGGCGGUGGCUACGGUGGUGGUGGUGGUGAACGUCCAGGGAUGGGGAGCGCUCCGUAUCCAGCCGGCGAGUGGAAGGGGAAGGGGCGAGGCGGCCUGCAAGAGUUUGGCUGCAUGCGCUGGAAGGUCAGCAAGCAGAAAGGAGGAGGAGGAGGAGGAGGGGAGGUGGUGGUGGUGGGAGUGGAGGAGAGGAGGUGCAGGGAUCCCACGGACUCUCAGCAGCAGCAGCAGCAGCAGCAGCAGCAGCAGGAUCUCUCGUCCUCCUCUUCCUCCCUCACCCCCCCGCUGCCUCCUCAACCCUCUCUGACGCCUCCAGCCAUCUAUCACGAGAAGCAGCGGAGGGAGCUGUGCGCCCUGCACGCGCUCAAUAACGUCUUCCAGGAUGGGACGGCCUUCAGUAGGGACACCUUGCAGGAGAUAUACCAGAGGCUUUCUCCCAGCACUCUGGUGACACCUCACAAGAAGAGCAUGCUGGGAAACGGGAACUACGAUGUAAACGUCAUCAUGGCGGCCUUGCAGACCCGAGGGUUCGAGGCAGUUUGGUGGGAUAAAAGAAGGGACGUAGGCAGCAUCGAGCUUUCCAACGUGACGGGCCUCAUCCUGAACGUGCCAUCCAACCUGCGCUGGGGGCCUCUCCGGCUGCCGCUCAAACGCCAGCACUGGAUAGGAGUCCGAGAGGUGGGGGGAGUCUACUACAACUUGGACUCCAAGCUGCGUAGCCCUCAACCCAUCGGCAACCCGGAUGAACUCAGGAAGUUCCUCCGCCAGCAGCUGCGAGGGAAAAACUGUGAACUCUUAUUGGUCGUCUCAGAGGAAGUGGAAGCACACCAAACGUGGCGGUCCGACGGCUAAGGGCUCAAACCAGCGGAUCGCAGCUCCAACUGGGUCAACUGGGCCAAUCACAGAACAGACGGGAGAGGAAGUAAAGUCGUGCACAGCCAAUCACGUGGAUGCACUCUCACAGAUGUAUUUUUUUCUCCCCUUUUUUGGGUUUUGUUUACACAGACCAUUGCUGGACUCUUAUCUGAGAGGAUGCGAAGCAAUGAAGGAAGCAAAUACUUUACAGGGAGAAUCACAGUCCUUUACUCACAACACAGUUAAGACUUAUAAAAAUUACUCUUCUGUUUCUGCUAUUAUGUUUUUAUAUAUAUAUAUAUUGACUAUUUUUCAAUGUCAGUUUUGAUUUUUUUUUUUCUUCUUUUUAUUGUUCAAAUUUCCAAAGUCAUGGGAGUUCAACGCUGUGUUUAUCUGCUGUCUCCCUCGGUGGUCCUCUCCUGCUUCAGUCAUGAUGUUCACGGAUGUGUCUUCGUGUUUCUGUCCCUCCCUUCACGUCGUGAAUCUCUCCCCCCCGUCCUUCACUUUCACCAAAGCGUGCCCUUUUCUUGCCUCAGUGUGACUCCAUCUCACUCCUCCUCUCGACCCCUUUUUCCACAUAUCACAUCUCUAAAUCAGUGAUUUAUCACGUUGCCAACUUUGUAUUUCAUCCACUUCCCAAACACUCCUGGCACAGUCUGCGCCUACACUGUACCGAGGCUGUGCCGACACAACAGUUUUAUAUGCAACAAAGCAAUGCAACACAAACCAGGCUAAGCACUCCCUCUUGUGGAUGUUUGCCUCAGUUUACUUUCAAGGAAGAACUAACGGCAUCAUUCAUCCAGUUUUUUUGUUAAUAGUUCAAAUGGUUAUUUAUAGUAUUGAAGAGCGCUUGUCAUCGAGGAAAUAAUGCGAUACUAAUGGUUAUCAUCUCUCAAUGGACUUAUACUGUAUCAUGAUAUAUAUUAUAUAUCUAAUUAGAGUGAUAAGAAAACCUGGGGCCUCAUUUCAGAAAAAUAUCCUAACUGCUUGUCCUGUCUUAAGUUUCAAAGAUGGGAAAAAAUCCUCCCUUUACAGAAGUAAUUCCUAAACUCGUGGCUGUGUCCUAUCCGAUCACAGACCUCCUAUCUUAUCUUACGAAAUCCUAACUAGAACUGUAGAUUCGAUUCUUCGACCAGCACUCGUCCUGUCAUGCCUGCAUCUUUGAUUAGAAUGUACACACGACCGCCAGUGUCUUUGAUUAUUACACGGCUUUGUUGAAUACUCAAUUCAGAUUGGUCAAUCACAGCGUUCUCGGAUCUGUUAUUUCUUUAUAGCAGACCGUUGCUACGUAUAACAGACCGUUGCUAUGGGUGCAGUUCUGAUGUCGGACUCUGGCGGACCGUUUAUGUGUCUAAUCAUUGAUUUCUUAAGUAAGUAGCCGUGUAAUAAGCGGGAUAAUGUAGAGCUAGCUGGUCAUUGUUGGGGUUUAUUUCACAACAAUGACCGGCUCGCUGUACUAUCCCUUACUUUAUCCCUUACUUAGGACAUACGGUAGGCUUCUGGAGAUGGACAAGGCUUAAUAUCAACGGCUCUCACUUGGCACUGGCUAGCUUGCUUGCUAUCAUGUACAAAAAAAAUUCGGGCGUUCGAUUUUAGCUACGAGGAGUCGGAGGCACUAUUCGUGUUGGUCAGUCAAAUUCAAAAAGAAUCGUCUUUGCAGUUGAUAUAUAGCCAUUAAUACAUGGCCCGGGACAUUUAAAGCGUCAUCAUACGGUUUGAGUAGCCUUUCAAUCUUUAUAUUUCGGUGUUCAUGUUGUUCCCCAUCUUCAUUAUCAGUGCCAUACAGACCUAACAACAGUGCUGCUGCCAUUUAUGACAGUUGUUUUGAAUUUAGGACAGGGUCUAUGCCAUCCUAACUAAGGGAUUACUAACUUUGGGAAUCUCUAAGUUAGGGCGGUUCUGUAAUAGCUAAUAUCCUAUCCUAAGAUAAGACAGAUCCGGAAUGCAGUUAGACUUAGGAAGUUUCUUCAAUGAGGCCCCUGCUGUCUAAAUUAUUAACAAAAUCGAACGUUACAAAAUUACAGAAAUUGGCCGUACUUUGGAAAAAGCAGUCGACAAAACAAUCUCAACUCAAGGUCUAGUUACUUACAAGCUUGUUCUGGAGCUUUCGACCGCAGCACAUGGUCCUCGUCAGCAGAUUGAGUUGGCUCAGUUGCCAUGGAAAUGUAGACGUUCAAACUUUCCUGUAGUGCUAAAACUGUUGGUUAAGUAAUUAAUUGAUCGACGGAAAAUUAAUUGGCAACAAUUUUGCUUAUCUAUUAAUUGUUUAAGCAAUUUCUAUAAAAAAUUGCCAGUAAUUCUCCUUUAUGGCAACAUAAAAAUGAAAACCAUGACUCUGAGAAGUUGUGAUGGAUGGCAGAUUAAUCGAUAAUAAAAAAAAAACUGUUUGUUGCAGCAUACGGUUCUAUGCUAACUGAGUAAACUCAAUCUGCUGAUGAGGAUUGAAUGAUAAGGUCAGAAGCUCCAGAACAAGCGAGUACGUGAUCUUCGAGUUUAGAUUGUCGAUAAUAAUCUGAAUAAUUAAUACGAGUUGUUACAAAUCAUCAUAUCGCUGUAAAGAAAUAUUGUUUUAUUUGUUCAUAUCACUCACUCUUGCUUAGUUAGAGCCACAAUCAUUUCUUGCACAGUGGUAAAAUGACACCACACAGACAGAUGACAAAAUAAGGAUACGCCAUUGUUUUAUUUUAUUUUCCUUUGGCUCCACACUGGUCCAAAGGGUCACCACCACAGCAGCCCUCUGUAGCACAGGAGCUCAGCUGAUGCAGGCCUCAUCCUCCUCCUCCUCCUCUUCUCAAAAAUCUCUUGUCAAACCUGCCAAACAUAGCUAUUAUGAGAGGAUGUCACAGAUUGUCCCAUUGAGUCAUAUAUACAGUCAGCGUGGGUCUCUAAUGUGGGAGGAUUCAGUCCGAGGAGGGGUUCGGUGGUGGGUUAGGCGAAGGGAAGUUGUCGGAAGAUGGAGCGCAGUGUGCCUGGGUAGAGAAUAAUGUAGAAACAGAAAAGUGAAAGUUGAUGUUUAGUGAGCACAUGUCCAGCCAGACGUGUGCUGCGGUUGAUUAUUGUGAAGCCUUAUGAGAGAUUCCACUGUUUGUAGCUUUCAAAUAUAUCAGUUUAAAGAGAAACUGUUAAUACUAUACGUAUUGUCUCUUUGACGACAAUACUGGCCUUAACUUGUUUACAUAAAAGAAUAUAUUUGUUGUUCUGAAAGAUUAAGAGGGGCUGUGCAGUUUGAUGCCAUUUCAGGAGAGUUAUUCCAAAGCACCAAUUUAUCGUAAAUAUAGAGGAGAAGCAGCUGAAGCUCAUCGGAUAUAAUGUUUUGCUGCCAAGGGCUUUCUGUUAUUUACAAGUGUUUGAUUAGUAUGAUUUUAUAAAGACGAGAUCACAUGUUUUUCAAAUGGUGCAUGUCGUAUUUUGGAAUGACACUCUUCAAAUUCCAGCCCAGUCUGUAGACCUUUAAUGUCAUAUUAUAUCCAAGUUAUAUCCAGAGAGGUUGUCAAUAUUUUGCUGAGAUUUUUGGACCUGAUCACAUCAUGACUCACAUUCAACAUGUGCUUUUUUUUUUUUUGCCAUGACAAUCCAUCCAGCCCUUCCUACUUAAGGAAUCCUGAUUGUCACUGUAUUUUGUUUAUUUUUUAUUUUUUGCAUAGAAAUAAAAUGCUUAUAAUGGCACUUUAUGUAUA